UUAUAAGAACUACAGCCCCGUUUGAGUCUGAGAAAGUCUUCCAGCGACUCUCAUCAACCGAGGGAUAAAUGAAAAUCGCUGCAAUAUCAUUUAUAAUUUAUAGGAUGACUGACAGAAGAGAUGGUACGUCUCUCAUUGUGUGUGGCCUCCCAUAACUGAAACAACAGAAACUUACUGAGUUCUGUUUAGGAACCAUGUCUAGUAAAUUGGAUAUUCCACUUCAUGGGCAUUCAGUCAGCAUUGUGAGACAAUGUGGACCUGCUCUGAGCGAUGUCCUUCAAAGCAAGUUUGGAUGUGUAGCCAUCAUCGAUGGUGUGGAUUUUGAAGCAGACCUGAGCAUUGCACAGCAGAAAAGGCCAACUGUUGUCCCAGAGAAAAGGUCUGAGUAUACGCUUGCUGCAGGCGUUAAAGUAUCUGUGUGGAAGGCUGAUCUCACCAGUUUCCCGGUGGAUGCUGUUGUGAAUGCUGCUAAUGACCAUCUUCAGCAUUAUGGUGGCCUUGCUCUGUCUCUGUCCAAAGCUGGUGGUCCACAAAUCCAAAAAGAUAGCGAUGACUUUAUCAAAAUGUUUGGGACCUUGAAUACAGGAGAUGCAGCAAUCAUGGAUCCUGGAUCACUACCAUGCAAAAAGAUAAUUCAUGCUGUUGGCCCACAACUGUCAAAACAUCCCCACCAUUCUGAAGUUUCCUCUGCUGAGCGGCACCUGAACAGAGUGAUCAGGAACAUCCUUGAAAUAGUAAAGGAAAACCGUCUGCAGAGUGUUGCCAUUCCUGCUAUAAGCUCUGGCCUGUUCAACUACCCUCUGCCACAAUGUGCAGACAUCAUAGUCAAAAGCGUGAAAUUCUACUAUGAAAACUACUCAGGAUAUCAUCCUAAAGAGGUCAUGCUUGUUAACAAUGACGAGCCUACAGUCAAGGAAAUGGAGAGGGCCUGUGGUCAGAUAUUAUCCCACGGCUCGCCCAUGUUAUACAGUCAGGCAGCAGCAGGGAAACGCAGAAGUGAUGCCAAAGCCUCAACACAUACUGUACAGAUGGGAAAUGUCCAUUUGACACUGAAGAAGGGUCUGAUUCAGGAUCAGAAGACAGAUGUCAUCGUGAACACAACAUGGAACCGACACUUGAACAGUGGUGAGAUCUCCAGAGCUAUACUGCACAGAGCUGGUCCCAGACUACAGCAAGAAAUGGACAAAGUUGUUAUGAAGGGGCUUGUUAUCGUCACAAAAUCCUACAACCUGCAGUGUAAAGAGGUGUAUCACACUAUCUGCACAGACAAGGAGAGGCUUUUUAAGUCAAUGAGGGAAUGCUUAUGGAUGGCUGCCUCAAGUCAUCACAAAUCAAUCGCCUUCCCUGCCAUCGGCACUGGAGGACUCGGGUUCAAGAAAACAGAAGUUGUCCAAAUCAUGUCAAGUGCAUUGAUCAACUUUGCCCAGACGUCCACAGUGAAGAUGGAAGUUCAUGUUGUCAUAUUUCCUUCUGAUGGUGAAACAUUUAAGGCUUUUGAGGAAGAAAUAAGACACCUCCAGCAAAUGGCAUCUGAUGGCAGCUUCAGACACGUACUGGAGCUCCAAGAUGACUUUCAAGGCCACAGAGCUCCAACUCCACAGAUCUGCCUGACCGGCCCCUCCAACGUAGCGACACGUGAGGCUGAGCGAUGGCUGUACAACCUCCUUUUUGAAUGCUCUGGUACUGUUCUUAUUCACAACAACUUCAUCCUGCACUUUGGCGAGGAAGAACAUCUGCAGCUGUCCCGUCUAAUGAAAAAUGGCAUUUCUAUUGUGGAGUUUUUUGAGAGAGGUCAUGCGAGCAUAGCCGUAGACGGUCAAUCAAACGAAGAUGUUGCAGUGGCUGGGUUGCAGGUGGAGGCCAUGCUCUGCAACACCCAGAGGGAGUUUGUCAAAGAAGAAGAGCAUGCCAUGUCCCUGAUGGUGGCUGUGGAUGUGUCCUCUGAGAGAAAGGAAGUUCAAGAUAACAGCUCAGAGUUCAAAGACAGACUAUCUGCCUUCAAACAUACGGGGCUGUAUGUCGUGAAGGUGGACAAAGUGAUGAAUGCGACACUGGAGAUGCUCUUUGAUCUGAAGAAAAAACAGCUAGACUGCUCCAGAUCUCAAAAAAUGUUUCAGCGCAUACCUGCACAGUUCUGCGACAUGGUUAGCCGCAUUGGAUUCCAUGCUGAGUACGCACCACCUGAUGAUCCAGCAUAUGGAGAGGGCAUCUACUUUGCCAGCACUGUGGAAAGUGCCAAGGAAGUGUGGAAGGAGCCAAGCUUGGAAUAUCUGCACUUUGUUGAGGCCGAGGUGCUGACAGGAAAGUCCUGCCCUGGUAAACCAGGUCUCAUUCUGCCACCUGCUGUGGGGGCAGAUUCACAAGUGCUGUACGACAGUGUGAGUGGACCCAAUAUCUCCGUCAUAUUCAGUGGUUAUCAGGCUCUGCCCAAGUACAUUAUCACCUGUAAGAUCCGCGAUGUGUGAAGAGUAUUUUGUUAUCUGUCUCCUGUAACAAUGCAGCCAGUAGUGCUAGAGAAAACUUCUAAAACAAGCUGAAGUGCAUUUGUAGUAAGCACAUUUACUGUCAGAAAGAAAUGGCUGUUUGCAUCACUUAUUGAAACUACAUAACAGAGCUCAGCACAUAUUGCAGAGGAAUCACACCGCACAGGUUCAAAUGUUUUGUUUGUCUUCAAGCUGAAUAUUUCAUAGCUGCAGCUCGAAUAAGUCUAGGUGAGGUUUGUAUUUCUUAUUUUUUCACUACAAGCUUUUUACAAUCUGCGUUAUAUUAAUCAAAUGUUCACUACGUGUCAAAUGUAUAAUUUUACCAGUGAUAUGAUUCAUUUGUUGAGUGGCAAAAGACAACCACGUAUGCAAACAUUAUUAGAGCAACAUGUUCUUAUUCGUGGUGAUGAUUUCAUGUAGUUUAGACUGAUAUAAUCCUUCAUUUAAGAUGCUGAUAGAAAUACAAGAUUGUAACCUAAUUGUGGCUGUCAAAUUGUACCUGAUGCUGAUGUCAAAAUAAAAAAAAGCUUCAUCUUA